AUGGCCUGUGGCCUGUGGCCUAGUGGCCUAGGCCCAGGGCCCAGUGGCCUAGUGGCCCAGGGCCCAGGGCCUAGGCCUGUGGCCCAGGGCCCAGGGCCUGUGGCCCAGGGCUCAGGCCUGGGCUCAGGGCCUGCCUGUAGGGCUCAGGGCUCAGGGCUCAGGGCCUGUGGCCCAGGGCCCAGGGCCUGUGGCCUAGGCCUGUGGCCCAGUGGCCUAGGCCCAGGGCUCAGUGGCCCAGGCCUAGUGGCCCAGGGCCUCAGGCCUAGGCCUGUGGCCUGUGGCCCAGGGCCUAGGCUCAGGCCUAGGCCUGUGGCCUGUGGCCCAGGGCCUGUGGCCUAG